AUGGCAACAGACAGCACGUCUUCUCCUCAGGGCCUCGGUGCCUUGACCACAAAGCGCAACGAUGCCAACCUCAGUCGACGCGAACGAAAGAGGGCGAGCGAUCGUAUGUCCCAGCAGGCAUCCCGCGCAAAGACCAAAGCAUACAUCGCCCAUCUCGAGAGGAGCGUCGCAAGGCUCACAGAGGCCCAGAGUAACUCGGGAUUGAAUGUUUCUGAACAAUUAAGACAGCAGUUCGACGAGAUCGCUAGCUUGAAACAAGCUUUGGCUCAGAUCGCUAAGCUCGCAACCAAUACAAUCUCAAAGCACACAGCUGAUGACGACUUGGAUCAAAGCAUUUGCUCCACGCCACGUCCUCCCGCCGGGAGUAGCGAGAAAAGCUCCAGACAUGUUCGCGAUGCAUACAAUCCAGCAUGCCACCCCCAUCAAGAGUCGCUUAAGCAUUUGUAUCCAGCCCUCGAUCUCAGCUGCGGCGACAAACAGCGAGAUUACUUUCAAGCAUUCAGCCAAGCGCUCGAUACCAUCGAGAGCGACGCGGGAGGACACGCCUUCUCGGGCCCGGAGAUCGACGACGACAUCAACAUCCGGGCGGUUCUUGACGGUUGGGAUGCUGCGAGAGCAAGGAAUCCAUUCGAUAUCGGCUGGCUGAUGUUGCAGGCUGUCGAUGAGGGCUUUCUCUGGCGUGGCGGGGCGGUGGAAAGGAUGGCCAUGCUCCGGGUGAUCCGGUCAAUGCUCAUGGUCAAACUCAACCCACAACUUCCAUCGAGCAGGAAGCCCCCUGCUUAUAUGAAUCCAAGGCCCGAAGUGCGUGACUACCUGAUUCUUUUCGGCAUAAACUACGCGCCCGAGAGUCUCGCAGCUCAAUUCGCCAGCGAUAUUGGAUUCAGAUGGUCAUACGACCUAAGAGAUACCUGCAGGUAUCAGCCCUCCAAAGGGGUAUAUAGUUUCUCAGAGGACUUCAAUCAAGCAUACAGAAACCUGGACUCGUGGUAUAUGAAGUCUGCUGUCGUAACGACCUACAUACCGCCGUUGCCUUCUAAUUUGUUGUGUGCUGGGUCAGAUGAUGAUGACUGGAUGAAGCAAAUAAUGGGCGAGUCUCAGGCUUCUCCUGACACCUCUCGUCAUAUCGAGGAAGAAGGAGAACAAGACUGGUUACUGUUGACGGCAAUGCUUGACGAGAUUCCUAAAUAG